AUGAGCGUUUCUGGGACUCCAGUCAAGAUGUUCUCUACACCGAUCCGUCCGGUGACACAAGAGAAGUUGGCCUCGGUUAGGGAGAAGGUUGUUCGUGAGUCCCCCUACCUGUAUAAGAACAAGGUCUUGUCGGAUCCGAUGGAGGGAGUUCAGAGUACAAUCAAAUUGAUCAACACGCCUACGGCGACUGCCUUUCAUCGAAAUGAAAAAAGCACUCCCAGUUCUUUUUCUUCUGUGGUCGUUGAGCCGCACACUAGGAAAGAGGCGUCGGAGAAUUCCCCAAAGGUAGACUCCAUUGCUAGAAAGGCAUAUAGUCUGGGGGAUUUUGAAAACCCAGUUCUUGCUCAAUAUAACAGACGGGUAGUUAAUAAGGAGUUAGAAACAAAGCGGAUAAUUUUUAAUGUUAUCAUAAUCCUUUUUUGGAACCUGGUCGUGAAGUAUCUCAGACUGUUUGUCGAGCACACAAGGAAGGGCACACACUGGCGGCAUCUACUGCAUACGUUCAUACUCGAACGUGUAGUAUAUCCCUUAAACCCUCACAUCAACUUAGAAGAAUCCAGCUGGGUUCGCUUCGUCAAUAUAGAGAGUGUCUCUCACAUGUUACAUCUGAUUGUCUUUUACAAUGUAACGGUCUCGCUUUGGAGGUUAUUAGUCAAAGCGCAAAACGUUAAUCUCGACGACCUUAAACUCACUCAAAAGCAGAAGGAACUCCUGGGCAUCUCAGAGACCCCUUCCGAUUCCAGAGUAUUACCGGAAGUAGUGCUCACAAACAAGAGUAAUCCCUCCUCUUCUUCACCUCCUCCCAGCAAAAUAUCGUCCAACCAACCAUUUCUAUUCAAAUCUUUGCGAACUCCUUUGAAGUCUCAGGAGCAUAAAAUGCAAGAAAGGCAAGCCAUGAGUGCGUUUGUUAACAAGGUAAACGCCUUUGGGGACUUGCGGAAAACGACGCUGCUAAGCAAGACACGGUUGAAUCCUAAUACUACGUCCGUGACAGCCAUUCCAACACCCACCAAUCGCAGCGGUUAUAUUCCAAGUAGUAGGUAUGCCUACAUGAUGGAUUCUCCAAGUCCUAGGAAAAGAAUGUAA